UGAAACAUUCGUAAUGUCAUUCACUAGAAUUGAAACCAGAUGUCACUAGAACUAGUAAAAUUCAAUUCAUUUGAUAUAUUUUGGAGGCACUAAAGCUCCAAAUUUGUUUAGUGUAAUAAUGGAUCUUGAAGAAUUUAUAAAGAAAGCUUUUCAUGAUUCCGAAAUAAAACAUGCUCUGUCUGAGAAAUAUCAUCCACUGCUAAAAAGUGAAGAACUGGCAAAAGAAGGAAGAGAAGUAGGUAAUGCUUUGUAUCUUGAAGUCAUACAUAAUGACUUGACUCAUGAGAGAAUAUGGGAUUCAUAUUUGAAAAGUAUAUCUUUAUCACCUGCCAAUUCCAAAUCAUUAGCUCUCUCUUAUGGCAAUAUGUCAGCACUUCUAUACCAUUUAGCUGAAUUCGAAGCAUGUAUCAAGGAAUGUGACAAAGCGUUAAAUAUUACAAAAUCAAUCUCUCUGAGAAUUAAACUUUUGUGUCGUAAAGCAAAGUGUUACGCCUCGUUGAAUAGCAGUAAAAUAGCUGAAACUUUUGAAGAAGCAGAGGCUUGGGUGAGUAAAAUAAGCAAUGAUGACAAUAUGAAGAAAGAGCUUAUAAAAUUGCUUGAUAGAACAAAGAUCAUAUUGCGUAAAAAGAAAGUUAAAAAUGACAGUGCUGAAACUUCUAAUAUUGACUCUGUGAUUUUCACAGCUUCUAAUGAUAAUAUACUAGAUGAUCGUAUAACAAAAAGGAAAAAGGGUAAAAAGCAUAAAUUUGAUUAUCAGCCAUUGAAAGGUGAUAGCACUCACCUAAACAUCUUAGAGAAAAAAGAGAAAAACGGUGUUUUCAAUUCAGUGAUAGUCAGACAAGAUGAUGAUUAUAGCAGGUAUUUUGUUGCAAGUAAAAACAUCAAACCUGGAGAAAUAAUUUUUGUUACAAAACCACUAAUAAUAGUACCUAACUUCAGACGAAUUCAUAAUUAUUGCAAUCAUUGUUUGGAUCCUCUUUGGUCUAGCAUUCCUUGUGAUAACUGUUGUUGUUGUUUGUGGUGUUCUGACAAAUGUAAAGAAGAAGCUAUCAAACAAUAUCACGAUAUAGAAUGUCCCAUUAUUUCAUAUGUGAUAUUUGGAGAUGAAGGCUCUGAUUAUGCAGUGCAAGGAUCUUUGAGAGCAGUGAUUAAGGCUGUUAGAGAAUUUGGAUCAAUAAAGAAACUCAAAGAUGAGAUUGAUUACAUUCGAAAUUCCGAAGAUCUAAAUCAUGGAUUUAUUAAAGAUGGAAACUUUAAAUGUAAUUCAUUCAUCAGUAUAUUUAGCUUUAGAAAUAGUUGCACUGACUCUAAUAUUUUAAAUUAUUUGUCAAAAGCUAGUUGUAGAAAUGUCAUUGCUUUAGCACGGUUUACGAAUUUUUUUGGUACAAACACACAGUUUAAUGUUGUUGAAAGCUUUCAAAAUAAUGAUGAAACAUUUUUCAUUGCAACUCUAUUGUUACAAGUUGCUGCUAUUAUAUACAACAAUGGGAUAAAAGUACCAGAACCGGAACGCAGAUGUCCAAAUAACAGUGAACAAAAUUGUGUAUCCAUUUUUCCUUGCUGCGAAAGGGGAUACAGUGUCAGUACUAUUGGUAAUUUUAUUCCACACUGCUGUGAUCCUUCAGUAAAAACGAUAAAAUCAAACGGCUGUAAAGACAUAUGUUAUGCCCUACAGCCAAUCUACAAAAAAGAUCCACUUUUGGAAUGCUAUGGAUCUACUUAUUUUGAGAUGGGCCUGUCUGACAGAAGUGACAGAACUGCUCAAAUAUUAAAUAGGUAUUGUACUUGCAUUGCUUGUACCGAAAAUUGGCCUCCCGUUCUGACGCUUGAGGGUAAAUCAAUGGAUUUUGAUGAAGUUUUCGAAACUGUAGUUUUCAGUAGAAAGCACUUUUACGAAAAAGUGAGAAUUUUAGAUCUCAUAGAAAAAUAUGGAUUUACACAUCAACACGUUGUAAACGAGCUGUCAAAAAUAAUACAAACGAAUUUCGAAUAUUUUGGUCAGCCAUCCGCUGAAACUUGCGCAGCAAUGUGUAUGCUUUAUUAUGCUUUUGACGCGUUGUAUACUAACAAACUACUAUUUCCAAUGAAGUGCACAACACCAUUAGGAGUUAAGUUUUCAAAGAGUUAUAAAGAAAUCUGAAACUUCUUUUAUAACAAUCAAGUUCCUAUGGUCCGUUAGCUAAUAUCUAAGAGGACAAUUGAAUUUAAUUUUAUAACGAUAAUUCACUGCAUUAAAUUACCAUAUAAUUUAGUUAAUAAUAAAUAAA